AUGGCGACGAAACGUGACCGGUGUGUACCUCAUGAGUUGUGGGCAUAUGAGAACAUUGGACUUAAAACUGUCCAGCUUCACUGGACUCCUCAGCUCCAAAUUGCCGGAGCGAAGCCCACAGAGGUGAGUGGAAUAUUUGGGAGGAACAGAAGAGGGGUGCAUGAUGGGGCUGCACUUGGUGGCUCUGGCGAAGCUGAACCUGCUGGUAUCGAGUUCCCAGAACUUGAGUCUGUUGGUGGGGGGUCUGAUGUUCCCCUUCUUGGUGAAACUGCUGCUGAGCUUGCGGUUCGUGCGUGGGGCAUACGGCGAUGUGGUGUAUGCAUGGAGGCUCUUCUUCUUCCAACUGGGCCGGAUCACAUCUGAGAAUGAGGUGGGGAAUCCGGCGAAUGGGAGCAGGUGGGAGAGAGCAGUGCGGUUAGUCCACGGGAGGCUGACACGCGCCGCACGCUCACCGGCUCAGACGUUGGAGGAUGAGGAUAGCCUGCACACUCUCUCUAUGCUGGCACUCUAGAGGUCAAUUUCCAUUUUUGUACGAGGUAAAAAUGAAAAAUCUCUACUGAGUUGUUAUUACUUGUUAGUAGAUAAUAUCAGACGAUUUUAUGUGUUGCUCAACAUAUUUUCCAAUUAAAUGACAGAAAAAAAAUUAAAUAA